UUCCGUGUCUUCAAAGAGUACUUCCCAUUUCCUAUUUCUAAACCUAUUUGAACUCAAAUUCCUCCCUUCUUCCCAUCUACAUACCAAAACAAGGAUAAAGAAAUCAUGGUGGAUUCAGUCGUCUCCCUGGCAGUGGAGAAGUUGAAUACCGUCCUCCGAGAUGAGGUGGCUUUGUUGGUGGGUGUCACCAAUGAGAUCGAAAAGCUUUCCAGAACUUUCGCCUUGAUUCAAGCUGUGCUUGAAGAUGCUGAGUCUCGACGUGUGAAGGACAAAGCAGUGACGAUCUGGUUAGAGAAUGUCAAAGAUGUGGCCUACGAUGUGGAUGACAUACUAGAUGAAUGGAUUACGGAAGAUCUCAAAUCACAAGCACCUGAUGAAGAUAGUGGAUCCUGUUUCAGCAAGAAGAAGGUAAGAAGCUUCCUGUCGUCUGUUAACUGCUUCAAUCAUGUCGUGUUACGCCACAAAAUUGGGAGUAGGAUAAAGGAGGUGAGGGGUAGAUUAGAUUCUAUUGAAAAAGAGAAGAGCCGAUUGGGUCUUAUAGUAUAUUGUGCAGAGAGGGAGAGAAUGGAUAGUGAAGUUAGGCAGCGUGAGAUGAGAGAUCGAGAGACAAGCUCCCUACCUGACCAGCUGUUCAUUGUUGGGAGAGGAGAUGAAAAAAAAGUAAUCGUAGACUCGUUGCUGGGGGGGAGUAGUGGAGAGGUAAAGGAGGUGCCCUUGUUGGUGGGUGAGAGUAGUGGAGAGGUAAAGGAGGUGCCUUUGUUGGUGGGGGAGAGUAGUGGAGAGGUAAAGGAGGUGCCCUUGUUGGUGGGUGAGAGUAGUGGAGAGGUAAAGGAGGUGCCCUUGGUCAUUUCUAUCGUUGGAAUGGGAGGGUUGGGGAAGACCACCCUUGCUCAGCUCACAUACAACGAUGAGAAAGUUAAGGGGCAUUUCCACCCGAGGAUGUGGGUGUAUGUUUCACAAGAUUUUGAUGUGAAACGGAUUACAGAAUCAAUUAUAAAAUCUGCAGACACUAAGUUUAAGGGUGGAAAUUUAAACUUGAAUGAACUGCAAACUCACCUCCGUGAAAUGUUGCGUGCAAAGCGAUUCUUGCUUGUACUUGAUGACAUUUGGAGUGACGAUAGUGAGAAGUGGGACAAACUGAGACUUCCCUUCCAAGAUGCUGCAUUAGGAAGUCGAAUCAUCAUAACCACUCGCAAUGAAAAGGUUGCUUUUGCGAUGGGAACGGCUCACACACACAAUCUGGCUGCCUUAUCAGAUGAUGAUUGCUGGUUGGUGUUCAGACGUAAAGCGUUCGAGCAUCGGAAUGCAGAAGAGCGUUUGGCGUUGGAAACGAUUGGAAGGGAAAUUGUAAACAAGUGUGGAGGGGUGCCUCUUGCAGCCAAGACAAUAGGGAGUGCCAUGUGCUCUAGAAGCACGAGAGAGGAAUGGGAGCUUGUGCUGAGAGACGAGAUUUGGAACUCAGGUGAUGUCCUGGGAGGUGUUUUACCGGCUUUGUUACUAAGCUACCAUGACUUAUCUCCUGUUUUGAAGGAGUGCUUCUCAUAUUUCUCUAUUUUCCCAAAAGGUUUCGUUAUAGAGAAGGAUAUGAUGGUCAAGUUAUGGGUAGCACAAGGUUUCAUCGGCUCUGACUUAAGUAGCGAUAUGGAGAAAAGUGGUGGGCUGUAUUUUAAUGAUUUAUUAAGACGGUCAUUGCUCCAAGAUGCAGAACCCGAUGAUGACGGUAACAUACGCCAGUGCAAAAUGCAUGAUUUAGUUCAUGAUCUUGCACAAUCUGUUGCAGGAAGUGACUUUUCACUGGUGCAUAUCGGAAAGAAAGCCUCAUUAAACUUCAACAACGUCCGCCAUUCUUUAUUAUCCAAUGAUGAAACUGUUAAUGAAGCUGAUGAAGUGGCUUACAUUUCGGCCACCUUGUAUAAGGCCCACAAGCUGCGGACGUUGUUCCUUGAGUCAACAAUCUCCAUGGUGCCAAGAAUGUCAUUCCAUCAUUGGAGACGCCUUAGGGCAUUGGACUUGAGUUAUACCAGCAUUGAGAAAUUGUCUCCAACGGUGGGACAUUUGAAACACUUGAGAUUUCUUGAUUUGUCAUGGACAGGCAUAGAAGAGUUGCCAGAGGAGGUGUGUAAUUGCCUAAAUUUACAAACAUUGAGACUCAAUUAUUGUGAUAAGCUAAGAAAACUGCCUAGAGGGAUGAAGAAACUGAUCAGCCUGAAGCAUCUAGAAUUAGAAGGCACCGACAUGCUGGAGUACUUACCGCAGGGUAUAGGGAGACUAAGUAGCCUUCGGACGGUUUCAAAGUUCAUUGUUGGGGGUGGCAACGAAGGAUGUAAAUGUGGAGAACUGAAACACCUCAAUCAUCUUCAAGGAAGUCUUCUGAUUACCGGCUUGGACAAAAACAGGAGCAGGGACGAAGCUAGAGAGGCAGAACUGAAUAAGAAGCAGCACCUUCAUACUCUAUCCUUCAACUACAAGAAAGACUAUGAUGAGCUGUUGGAUGAAGAGGUGAAGAAAAUAGAGGACGUGCUUGAAUUUCUCCAGCCCCACACAAAUUUGAAAGAGUUGGCAAUACAGUAUUACGGAGGUUCUACGCUUCCCAAGUGGAUAGAGGAUCCGGUGUUCUCCCAUCUAGUCAGGAUGACACUCUCGUGUUGUUGGGAGUGUAUACAAUUGCCAGGUUUUGGGAAAUUACCGUCCCUUAAAUACCUUGAAAUUGAGGGCAUGAGAGAGGUGAGAAAGGUGGGUGUUGAGUUUAGUGGGGUUGAUAACAAUGACGGAAGUGGAUGUGUUGUCUCAUUCCCCAAGUUGGAGACCCUUGUCUUCAUAAACAUGCCAAAUUGGGAGGAGUGGGAAUUGAGAGGUGGAGUUGGAGAGGUUAUGCCAUCUCUCCUCCAAUUAGAAGUAAAAUGGUGCCCAAAAUUGAAGGAGUUGCCAACCAACCUUCCACCGCUCCUCCAGAAGCUGAGUUUACAAAUAAGUAACGAAGGGAUGUUGUCAUUGGGAGGGACCUUACCCGUCCUCCCCAACCUUAAACAUUUGAUUAUUUGGAGGAGUGAUGAGCUGAAAUCGUUCCCUUGUGGUUGGUUGGGACAAUUCAAAGCCCUCAAGACUCUGGAAAUCCAUUGGUGUCGGGAGUUGGAGUCUCUACCAGAUGAGGAAUUGCAACAGCUCACCAUGCUUCAAGAAUUGAUCAUCCAGUAUUGUCCACUCUUAAAAGAGCGCUACGGAGACGAAGGAGAAGAUCGGCACAAGAUUGCUCAAAUCCCCGAUAAAAUAAUUUAUUAGUAAAAGGUGCAUAGGAUUUUCUUUUGCUUUUGUUUAUAGGAAUUGUAUUGCUUCUCCCUGUAACUCUUCUUUUUUUAUUCAUUUUCUUUUUUGUUUGUUUUUUUUUUAAAAAUAAA